AUGUCGCCUGCAAUGGAUAAAGCUAUGAUGGCAUUGUCUUUUGAGGAGGAAGAUGAACCUUUCGUGUUGCCCAAUCUCCCCCAGUUUCAAUCUUGCGAGAGAAACGCGCAGAGUUUAAUUGGGAGAAUCCUCAACCCAGACUGUCAGAAGAUGCCGGGUCUGAUACUGGAUAUGCCAAGGAAGUGGCAAAAGCAAGGGAAAUUCAGAGGAGUUACGUUGUCGAAAGAGAAUCCUCCGGGGGAUUACAUUCAAUACAUCAAUAUAUGGGUCCAGAUUCACAACAUCCCGUUGAAUUACUACACAUCAAAGGCAAUUAUGGCGUUUGGAGAAAUCCUUGGAGAAGUAAAGGUGGUGUCUUUUGAUCCAGAUAAGCCUCAAGUGCAUGACUAUGUUCGUGUACUGUUGAGAUUUAAUGUUUCAAAGCCCCUGAGGAAAUCAAAAGUGAUUGAUCUGAAAGAGGGAGGGUCAACAGUGCUAUACUUUAACUAUGAGAGAGUUCAGAAAAGAUGCUAUGAGUGUCAACGACUUAAUCAUGAGAAAGAUGUAUGCCCAUUGAUGAUAAAAAAAAGGAAAGAUGCAGCUCUACUAAGAAGACAAAGAAUCAUCCAAGAGAAGAUGGAUGCAGUUUUGUUUCUGAAGGCGGAUGAUCCUUUGUAUGGUGUUCUUAGUGAAUAUCAAGUGAGUAUAUGUCCUUCAUCAGGAAAAAGGAAGAUCUCCCAAGAGGUUUUGGAGGAGAUGAGGCGUUAUAUCUUAAUGGCAACUGAAAACGAUAAACUUGUGUGCAUUGAUAGAGUUUGGUCAUCGGUUUCUGAGAUGGAGAAGGAUCCAAUAUUACAAAAAACAGUGCUCCGACUUGAAGCAGCACCAGAGCUUACAAAGCAGCUGGAUAAAGGAAAAGGAAGGGUGUUUGAUUUUGAUUUAAAUACCUCUGUCAAAUCAAAAUUCAAUGAGAAAGUUAAUGAAAGAAAGCUUAUGGCUUCAUCUAUGAAGGCUCAUAGAAGUGAGAGACCUCAGCAGUAG